UGACACAAAUUCAUUACCAAAAUUCUUUUAAACAAAAAUAUUUUUGUCGAAUUUGCAAUACCUAACUAAAAAAUAUUUUUAUUACAAUUGCUACCUGAGAAAAGAGAUUCUAAUUACAUUCAUGUAGGUAAAUAAUUUUACAAUGGUAGCGUAUAAAAUUUAGGAGUAGAAGCGUAUAUAUAUGCAACCCUGCUAUUAAUGUUUAUUCAUUUGACAUUUAAUAAUUUUAGUUGGCAGUAUUUAAAUCGUCAAAAUUCUGUGUCGCGUUACAGUCUGUUAGAAGCGUUCAAGAGUAACUAUUCUUCAUAGAAAUUAAUAAAAUACUUUCGUAAUUUUAUAUUAAAAUAAGAUUUGAAAAUGGAUGUAUCGUUAGAUGAAAUAAUACGUACUCGCCAAAUCGGAAGUUUAGUAAAGAAAAAGUCAACCACUGGGAAACCUGCACAAAAAAAAUUGGUCAAUCGUAGUACUUUUAAACCGAAUAACUUUAAGCCGCCUGCACGUACGUUUGAUGCUCGUAAUAGGAUUAUAGAAAAAAAUCGUGCAAAAAUACGUGAUGCUCGGGAUAAACUUGCUGAAAUUUCGAGAGCCUGUGGUGAUGUACGCCACCGUUUGUUACAAAAACAAGCAUCAAGUCCCAAUUUUAUGUCAUCACAGACUAAACAAAAUUAUCGCCCAGAUCGUGUAGCAAGAAUCGCACCAAUUCGCCGGUCUACAUCAUUAGGAUUAACCAGCAAAAGUGCAAAGCAACGAAUGAAGAGAAUGCCUGAUAUGUUUAAUGUUCCUUUAGGAUAUGUUGAUCAUGACAAUAUGGAACGAAUGGAACAAGAGGAAUAUGCACUCGCAUCGCAUCUUAGUCGCACUGUAAAAAAUGACAUAGCACAAUUUGGAUACAAUAAUACACAUACAAACGUUCCGCCACCUGCACCUAGACGCUUGAAUUCAUGGGGAUCCAAUUCUGAUCAAUUUGAACCAUUUGAUGUAUAUGAGAUUCCACGCUCAAGGCCAGAACGACGAAUGUCUGUCGACUUACCACCACCACCGCCUAAAGGUAUUUUACGUUCGAGUGUCAGAGAACAAAGCCCACCCAGCAUGUACCAGCGCCGGUUUAAUCCAGAAAAUAGUCAUCUUUCAUAUGAAAUGCGCUCACGUUUAAUGACUACACCAGAUCCGCAUGCUUCAAUGGGUAUUUUUGCAAACCCACAAAAAACGGUUCAUCCACAAGUCUCGCCAAACGGUUAUCGUAUUGUAGUGAGCAAUUUACACACUAGUGUUACCCAGACUGAUAUACAAGAACUAUUCGAAGAUGUGGGUGAACUGUAUGAUGCUCGCAUUGUGCGUCCCGGUAUAGCAGAAGUUGUUUAUAAAUCUCUAACAGAUGCUGAGAAAGCAGUAGAUCAGUAUCAUAAUCGGCAGUUAGAUGGACAACCGAUGAAGUGUCUUUUGGUGAAUCCACGCGCUUCAAAUAAGCCAACUGCGCCAGCUUUAAAGACUGCAAGCUCAACUGCAAGACUCGCAUCAAAUAAAACACCAUUGGAAAUUGAUAUUGAUGCAUUGCAUAAAGUGCUUUUUAGACGUUAA